AUGUUCAAGGAGAUCCACGUUCUUCUUAUGUUGGGAACUCAAGAACUGGACACUACUCCAGCAGUUCCAUCAGACCUCAUUAAAGAAUGUUUCUCUGCCAAAAUUAUUGAAGAUGACAGCUGGUGGCUUGGGCAAACAUUGCCAUUCCUCUGCUGUUUGCCAUCACAUGUACCAUUCAUCUGCUCCAUUUUUUGGUCCUCCAUCUAGAAACCCUGCACUGUGUACAGCCUCAUCACCUCUAUCCCCUCUUCUCAGGGAAAAUGGCUGGUGGCCAUUUUCUAUGCAGCCCUGAACAGCAGCACGAGGCAGAUCCUGCUUCACCAGAAGGCACUGAAAUUACUCAGUGACUUCUGUUUUCCUGAACGCUGCCCCAUCUGUGCAGAGCAGAAAGCUUCCUGCCCACAGUUCGUGUGCAACAGUUUUGACAACAAAGGUUUUGCCACUUCAGUGACUUAAGUAAGUAAAGGAACCUUCCCCUGGUUUGACCUGACAGCUGCACCUGAAUCUCUCCUUAGCCAGCUGCUAGAACUGAGUGAACUUGUCUGGUGUCAUCGUGCUCUACAGUGCCAGCAAUACCAGACAUCCUUUGGAGACUGGCCUGCAAAGCAAUGUGGGCUGAUCAGCACCAAGUUGUCUCUUACUUCAGCUGCAGUGGAGCCUGGUGUAAUGCUGAAUGACAAAUCUCCAUUCUCCCCAGCUAUUUCUGACAUUUUCUCAGAAAUUCCAGAGGAAACUGAUGACUAUGAUUCUAAAUUGUCUAUAAAGAAGCCCAUGGGCAACAUGCUUUGCUGAGAUCUCAUCCCAGGACUCUCAUGGGAGUGAAGGGUGCAAGAGUCAGCACUGUUCACUCUUUAGAUUCUUUAAAAUAUUCCAGACAAUAACCCUAUGUACACAUUUAUUUCUACAUGUU